AUGUGGAAGAAAUUAGUCGAAUCUCCGACACCGAGUGGCUUUUCAUUCGCCAGCAAUUAUAGGACAGCACCACCAGAACACUAUAUGCUUAUGCCUGAGACAGGUAUCAUGAUAGCCUACAGGUUUGGUGUGAUUGUCCAAUUUUUGACCACAGUGGGCCCUGUAACCUUUUCCCCUCUAUGGAGAGGUCCUAGUGAGUUUCAAAAUCAUCGUGUCCUUACAUUUGCACUUGUAUACAUCAAUCACUAUGUGAUGGUACAGUUAGAAGGAGAGUAUCUGAUGCCUCCUAUUUCAGCAUUAUGGAUCCGCCACAAAGACCCGUCCGCAGCCGAAUGA